AGAUGACGUCGCGGAGCCCCGGAUGUUGGCGGCGCCCGCUGCCCCCAAGCCCCGCGGGCGGAAGCCGGUGAGCGGGGCUGGGUUUACUCCCGCUGGGGCCGCUCCCGUCCCGUCAGGGAGCGAUGGGCACGGCACUGGACAUCAAGAUCAAGCGGGCCAACAAGGUGUACCGCUGCGGGAUGUGUGUGUUUGGCAUGGCGUACUGGAUUGGAGUGGAUUCUCUGCUGUAGGAGAGGGGAAGGAUAAAUGAUGGGCUUUGCUCUCUCUUCCAUUCCUUAUGGCUGAGCAUCCCGCUUUUUGUAUUAAAAUCUCUCCUGGGAUUUGGAAAUGGAACUUAACUGUUGCCAACUGAACUGACGGCUGUUGGAAAUUCUUUCUGGAGUCGUGGUCAUAACGAGUAAGGACACGGUCCAGCACCAAGGCAUCUCAUUGACAAUGGAAGGAUCUGUAAAUCUGCAGCUUAGUGCCAAAAGUGUGGGUGUGUUUGAAGCUUUCUAUAACUCUGUCAAGCCUAUUCAAAUUAUUAACAGCACUAUUGAAAUGGUAAAGCCAGGGAAGCUUCCCAGUGGCAAGACAGAAAUUCCUUUUGAAUUUCCAUUGCACGUGAAGGGCAACAAAGUUCUGUAUGAGACGUAUCACGGUGUCUUUGUUAACAUCCAGUAUACCCUGCGGUGUGAUAUGCGACGUUCUCUGCUGGCAAAAGACCUAACUAAGACUUGCGAAUUCAUUGUCCACUCACUGUCACAGAAAGGGAAACUGACGCCAAGCCCAGUAGACUUCACAAUUACUCCUGAAACUUUGCAGAAUGUUAAAGAGAGAGCCUCACUUCCAAAAUUUCUCAUCAGAGGCCAUCUCAGUUCUACAAACUGUGUCAUUACGCAGCCACUAACAGGGGAGCUGGUAGUGGAGAGUGCAGAAGCUGCAGUCAAAAGUAUUGAGCUGCAGUUAGUACGUGUGGAAACCUGUGGGUGUGCGGAAGGUUAUGCCAGAGAUGCCACAGAGAUACAGAAUAUUCAGAUUGCUGAUGGAGAUGUCUGCAGAGGCCUACCGAUUCCAAUAUACAUGGUGUUCCCCAGGUUGUUCACUUGCCCUACCCUGGAAACAACAAACUUCAAAGUUGAGUUUGAAGUGAACAUUGUUGUCCUUCUGCAUGAUGAUCAUCUCAUCACAGAGAACUUCCCACUGAAGCUCUGCAGGAUGUAAAUAGCCAGAGGAAGAAUCACUUAAGGAUUCACUGGAGAAUGAUGAAAUAAUUCAGAGACAAAAUAAGAUUUUAUCUUAUCUUGUGUUAUUUUAAGUGAAAACUCAUCACUUCCUUCUUCCUGAUGGUGGUUCUUGGGUUUUCAGUCUAUAAUUCUUCCCAAGACCCGUGCCUGUCUUAUGAUAGCCUAUGUGGAUUAACUAUCCUGAGAGCCCUGUCAAGUGUCCUUCUGAUUUCAGCAGCCAGAUUUUCCACUUUUCUCAGCCAAAUUGUGAAUGAUUUUUUUUGCAUGUUUCUACAAGUUAUAGAAAUAUGCAAAGUAAGUUUUUCUGCUUAAUUCAUAAUGUAACACUUGUUCCAAAGUCCUUUAAAGACCUCUUAAACAGAGUCAGUCCUGUUAUAUAUGGUGUGUAUAUAUAUUUGAGGAGGGGACAGGACUGGGAUAUAAUACUGAAUAGUAUCUGUGAAAGUGUAAUAAAUGGUGCUACUACAAUGCACAGUGUCAUGGGCUGAAUAUUGCAAGAUGACUGAAUUAAGAGAUGUGAAAUAACAUCAAGUGUAUUUUGGUCAAAGGAGGAAUGAGUCUGCCUUGAAGGAGUGCUUAGAACUGAAGUUACUGCUUCGCGUGUAACUUCUCCCUGGACAAAAAAAUGCCCUUGCUUUACCUUUGCUGUUUGCAUAAAAUAGCGCCAGGAAAGAUGAGUCAAAAGUUUUUAGCUUCAAACUGUACUUAUUGUGGGCAUUUUAACAUCUUUCCUCUUUACUAGACUUGUCCCACUCAGCUGUGAUGUGAAAAAGGAAUGAUUGCCAGGACAAACACUGCACUGUUGCAUACCUGUCUGUUUGGAGUGCAGACUAGACCCAGUACUGGAGAAAGUGCCUAAAAUACACUUACGCUGGGGCACCUUGUGCCCACAGAAGACUAUUACUCGUGAUGUGAGCAACCACUCCUAAGGAGAUAGCCAUUCACUGCUUAAACAGGUGGGUUCAUGUUGCCACUUGAUCAAUAUAAAGCUACAAACACAAACACCACAAAAGGAAUUUGUGAAAGUACAUAUACAACUUCACACUAAGAAAUACAUUAAAGUCCUUGUAAUCAUAAAUCUUGAAGGUACAUAUAAACUGGCAAAGUAGGAACUAGAUGGGAAAACCAUUCCAGCAAGAGGUAACCCUCCCCCAAGGAGUAAGUUAAGACUUUGACGUUAUUUGAAGUUAACAGAACAGUCACUAUUUUCUUCUAAUUGUUAAUUUUCCGUACAUUUUGUGUGAGAUGGAGGCAGGCUAAGUAUAUAGGGUGCUACAUCAAGUAUGAGGAUAAAGAUGACAACCUAAAAAGAAUUAAAAAGAAAACAGCCAAAAUCAACCAACUUCUUGUAGCUUUGUCCAGCAACAUUGCUAAGCAGCAAAAUGUAGUUCUGAGUUUGGCUGUGGUUUGGUAUCAGCUCUACUUCAGGAAUAAGCACUUGAAGUUGUUUGAAGAACAAAAAACCUUUGCUCUCCUCUAUCCCCUCUCUGCGCCCUCCCCCCCCCAUUUACUAGAAAUAAAAAAAAGUGUUUAAGAUCAGAAA